AUGCACCAGAACCUGAGGAUCAACUCCUCCGAGCAGCCCAGUCCCUGGCCGAACAACAGCACCUGGCCACCUGUCAAAUCUUCAAAUUUGGGGAUGUCCUGCUUCACUAUGACAUUUGGCGCCAUCUCCAACCUCACGGCUCUGGCCAUCCUAGCUAAGUCCCGCCUGCGAUUCCGCCGCCAAUCCAAAGCACCGUUUCUGCUGCUGACGGUUGCGUUGCUUUUGGCCGACCUUGCAGGUCAUGUGAUCCCAGGGGCAUUUGCUUUGUAUCUGCAUGUAGAUCAUAGGUAUAAAACGCAGGCUGGGAAGCCCACCAAAGAAUUCUGUCAGAUUUUUGGGGCAAGUAUGGUGUUUUUUGGCUUGUGCUCUUUGCUGCUGGGUUGUGCCAUGGCAGUGGAGCGCUGCGUGGCCAUCACUCAGCCCUUUUUCCACGCAGCUAUGAUCACAUUGGGUCACGUGUGGCGAGUUGUGUUAUUUCUGUCUUCUGCUGCACUUGUGCUGGCAGUUCUACCUUUAUUUUCUGUGGGAAGUUACACUACCCAAUUUCCUGGGACUUGGUGUUUCUUACCUAUCCAUGAUCCACAGUCUACAGCUGACACCAACCUGGCUCUGGCCUUCUCCUGUCUGGGCCUCACUGCACUCACUUUUUCCCUCCUCUGCAACAUCCUGAGUGGUCUGGCGUUGCUGCGGGCCAGAUGGAAGUCCCACAACGUUAAUGCAAAAUCAGCAGCUCGCUCCACUCGUCGUACUUCGUCCACUUCUUCCUCCUUGUUUUGUUCAUUGGAUGUGGAGAUGAUGGCACAACUGGCAGUGCUCACUGUGGUUUCCUGUGUAUGCUGGAGCCCCUUUCUUAUCCAUAUUCUUGUGCUGCAGUUCAACCAAAGAACUUCAACCCAAGAGAAAGAUGGGUUCAUUCUCCUGGGUUUACGCAUGGCCUCCUGGAAUCAGAUACUGGACCCUUGGGUUUACAUUUUACUGAGGAAGGCAGUUAUUUUCAGAGUCUCGGUCACUUUCGCCUUUCGGACAUAA